AUGACGAAGGGUACAUCUAGUUUCGGAAAACGCCAUACCAAGACACACACGUUAUGUAGGCGAUGUGGUCGGUCAUCGUACCACAUUCAGAAGCACAGAUGCGCAUCAUGCGGCUAUCCUUCGAAGCGUUUGCGACGAUAUAACUGGAGCGUUAAGGCGAUCCGGAGGAGAACUCAAGGAACUGGUCGUAUGCGGUACUUGAAGGUGGUUCAUCGUCGUUUCCGGUAUGCUGAAUCAUUUUUAAUUCAUUUUAAGCUUAUCAGUAAGGUUUCUUAUGCUCAGAUUCCGUAUUAA